GCAAGUUCUUGUGUUGAGAAAAGACGUGACUUGCAAAAGAUUUGGUUUAUUUUGGUUGAUUACCAGUGUGUUUUGAUCUAGUGUUAUAUUUUAAAUAAGCGGUCAAAGUUUCAAGUCAUACACUAUUGGUGUUUUCUUGAUAAGCGAAGUUUGCCAUAAUGGAAUCUGCAGGAGACUGGUGUUUAAUUGAGAGUGAUCCAGGAGUUUUCACACAAUUGAUAAAGAAAUUUGGUGCUAAAGGUGUACAAGUAGAAGAAUUAUGGACCAUGGAAGAAGGAAUUUUUGAAAAUCUAAGACCUGUUCAUGGACUUAUAUUUCUCUUCAAAUUCUUACAACACGAGGAACCUGCUGGCCCUGUUGUGACAGACAACCGUCUUGAUAAAAUCUACUUUGCUAAACAGGUUAUCAACAAUGCCUGUGCUACCCAAGCUGUCGUCAGCUUACUUCUAAACUGCACUCACCCAGACGUGGAUAUAGGCCCUGAGCUGACCAAGCUAAAGGAGUUCAGCAUGUCAUUCGACCCCCGUAUGAGAGGCCUGACUUUGAGCAAUUCGCAGACCAUACGCAUGGCGCAUAACUCCAUGUCACCAUACAUGCACUUUGAGUUUGAUCAGAAAAUGGCUUCUAAGGAUGACGACGUGUAUCACUUCAUCGGCUACAUGCCUAUCGACGGGCGGCUGUACGAGUUGGACGGCCUGCGCGAGGGCCCCAUCGACCACGGACCCAUCGCGCCGGAGCAAGACUGGCUCGACGUCGUCAGACCCAUCAUCAUGAAGCGCAUCAACAUCUACACAGAAGGCGAGAUCCACUUCAAUCUAAUGGCUCUAGUAUCAGACAGAAAGAUGAUUUACGAACGUCAGCUGGAGCAACUGCUUAACGGAUCACAGAUGAUGGGCAUGCACUCUGAAGAAGUAGAGAACGAGAUACCCCGGCUCAGGAUGCUCAUAGAAUACGAGGACGUCAAGAUGGCAAAGUACCAGCAGGAGAUGGCGCGGAGAAAACACAACUACAUACCGUUUAUAGUGCAGUUGCUCAAGAUCUUGGCGGAGGAGAAACAAUUGAGUCCGUUAUUGGAGAAGGCGAAGGAGCGCGCGGCGAAAAAGGGACCGAAAAAGAUUAAGACGUAGGAAUAUGCAACGAAGCUUUAUAUUAAAAAAAUAGCGGAGCAUGUGUGUCUCUGUGCUACUUAUUAUUUAAAAAAAAGAAAAUUGCGUUCAACAUCAGCAUCAGUAAUAUCGCGUCUCAAAGAGUCGUUACGUAGGUACCGUUGUUCAAUUUCUAGUUGGAUACUAAUUUUUCCGAGGUAGUCUCAUUGAAAGUUUCAGAUUAAUAUUGUCAUACAUAUUUUGUGUCCUAUUUAUGAUUCAAGUAAGUAGAUGACGGUUGUAUGUUUAUUUCGUGUGUCGCGUGAGACUCCGUAGCGGCCGCUGCACACAUGAUAAUAUUAUAUUAUCUGGUACUGUAUGUAAUUGAUUUGAGUAAUAUAACUGCCACAUCACUGCUAGUAUAAAAUUUAGAAAAACGAUAGACUUGAAAGAAAAUGUUCUCGGUAUUAUCUUAUAUACGGGUGGGCCCUGUAACACGAGUAAAUAAUUAAAACAUAGAUUGUACUCCUCAAACUAUGACACUUUUGUUCAAUAACUUAGUCUUUAGAUUUCUUAUCUUUCGUACAAAUUAAAUAUUGUCUUCAAUAAAUUUGCGUUGACGUUGUCGGCCUUGUCGCCAGUGCCGGCCCGAGUCCUUGAUCAGGGUAGAGCGAAAUGGGGUUUUGGCGCCCUUUGUUAAAGCUUUUUACCCUUUUUUUUCUUAUUUGCCAUUUUGGCGCCCUCCUUACCAUCCGGCGCCUAGAGCGGCCGCUCCACUCGCUCUACCCUAGAUCCGGCCCUGCUUGUCGCGCUUUAAACAUGACAAAAUUCGCAAUACCUACAUUGCGUCUUAGAAUAAACUUUAAAGUGCACUAAAAAUCAAAACACAAGUUAUUAUUGAAAGUCGCUGAACAAAUGUUGGUAAAUUUGAAGAGUACAGCCUGCAGUUUAAUUUUUUGCUUACCUAUGUUAUAGGCCCCACCCGGUACCUAUUUACGAUGAAAUUUGAAAUCAGAAAAGUUGAAUAUUUGACUAUUUAUCCCACUGGAAUGGGUCUUAUUAAAUGAAGUUCAAUUGA